AUGCUCUCGGCCGACGCCGAUGGGAGCAUCGGUUCGACUUCUACAGGGCUGAACUCUUGUGACCGCAAGACCUGCACGAACAGCAUGCAGUCGGACUCAGGAUCCGGGGAUGGUGGCGGAGAUUAUCGGGUUUCGUGGUCACGGGGUCCUCUGGGCGAUCAAUGCUGGUUCCUAUCAGAAGGGCUCAAGGAGACACUAGCGCGCCGCCAUCGCUCAGCAUUCCCGGAACAGGUGACCGAGAAUGAGGCCCGCUCGUCGAUUGACAUGAGGGAAAAUCAGACCCUAGGCUCGGUCAUCGCCUAG